ACCAACAAAUUAAAGCUAUAGAAAAAAACAAAAUGCCAUCGACAGCUCCAUCACCUUUUCCCGACAAUCAGAUCCGCCGGCCAAUAUCUGGCCGGAAACCGCUUCAACCUAAGAAUACUCCGGCAACUCCACUUACAUCCAAUUCAAAUAAACCUGAAAAAUGGAUCGAAAUCUCAGUAACUCAAAACUCAAACAAAGAGAAUCUUCAUCCAGAUUUUUCAAUUCCGAAAAAGGCAACUAAUCCAAUCAGCUGCAUUCAGGAUGAGCCGUUCGAUUCAUCGCUAGCUGAGGAACUUAGUGCCAUUCGUGAAAAGCUCGAGAGGCUGAAAGGCGAUAAAGAGAAGACGGAGAAGAUGUUGAAAGAAAGGGAUCUGAUGCUGGAUUUGCAGAUGAAAGAGCUCUUAAACAGAGGGGAGAUGCAGAAACAGCUUGAGCUUGAAGUUGAUCGGCUUUUCCGAUUGAAUGAGCUCAGAUUAUCCUGCACGCAAAAAAUUUCUCCAAUUCGAACGCUCAGGGAGAAGAUAGAAGAAAAGAAGAUAAAGGGUGAUCAUCUAAAGGAGCUGAAUUACGAUGAAGAAGAUGAAAUCAUGACCGAUAGCUCAUCGGACAAGGACUCAAAUACAUAGGGAAUGAAUUUACAGCUAUAGUCACAAAAGACAAUGGAUUUGCAUUUUCCAAAAAUCUCCUGCAACACAGCAUUUUCCUUUUCAUACAAUUCGAACCUUCAACAUACUAGUUGUUGGCUAAUUGUCUCAUGUUGAACUACCAGUUUGUUGUAUAAAUAUAUAGGUUUUAUCAAUGUUUGUUCCUUGAAAUUA